AUGGAAGCUGAAGCUAGACUGCUUUCAGCGUUUGUUUAUCACGAUCAAAUUGCUAUAAUUACAACAUCCCAGCAUAUUGAUGGACAAAACGCGACAUGUCGAUAUUUUGAUUGCAAUCGUCAAGAAAUUCCAAAUUCUCAAUUUGAAACUAUCAUUUUCCCGAUGACUGUUAUAAGAUGUCCUCGUAGAGCAGGUGCAGAAUUUGUUAGUGCUAGUUUCAAUGGAACAGAGAAGGCUCAUGAUCCAAUUCCAUUGAUUUUUCGCGUGCAUGACAAUCCUGUUCACGAGCUGGCAGUUUGUGCUGGACCGCUAUAUGGUAACGAGAGUAAAUGGUUGCAAAUUGUGGAAUAUGUGGAGCACCAUAAACUUCUAGGCGUUUCAUACUUCUAUUUCACAUUUUUCAAUCUGAAUGAGUAUGAUCGAAAAAUCGUGGACUAUUAUACAAAGUUUGGUUAUGCUGAAUAUACUUCGUAUGUUACUGAGUAUCAUCGAUUAGGCUGGAUGUUUCACUUGAUACAAACACAGGAGUGCCAUCAUCGAAGCCGUUAUCAUUCUAAGUGGGUUCUGAAUAUUGAUAUCGAUGAACGUGCAGUAUACACGGGCCCGGAGAAUUUUCUAAAUUACUUGAGAUUAUUACCUCCAAAUAUCGGAGAAAUUAGUUUCAUAAUCAACAGAGUGUUAAAAACUAACACGAAUCCAGAGAGAUUUACUAAUUCAACGAAUUUGCAAUCCGAGUUAAUGUUUCUGAAAUAUAACAAAACUACCGAAAUGAGUUGGUUUAAUUUUAAAGGUGCAAUACGCCCGGACCUAGUUUUUGUCCUGUUUUACCAUUGGUCAUAUCGUCAAGAAGAAGGAGUACGCGUCAUGUCAGUUCCCAAAAGAAUUGCCCAUAUCAGACACUAUCGAAACGUUGAUUAUAAUGCUUUGAACGGGAAUUGGCUCGAAAAUUAUAACGGAACGUUGAAGGAAACUCGAUUGACGCCAAGUUUCGAGAAAACCCUGGCUAAUUUAGUGAGAGAAAAAGUUGAAUAUGUUUACAACAACAGAUGGGUUCAAUGUGAAGAAAUUCCGUCAAUGUUUUUCACCCGAUUCAAACGGGGAAUUCUUGAUUGUCGAUUUAAAAAUGAGACGGGAGUGUGA